AUGAGUUUCGAAAACAAAACCGAAACGCUCAAUGAGAAGUAUGCCAACGAUGUCCCGCCUCAUAGGCCGGGCUCGUUCUCGGCGCACGCACGCGGCCGACAGUUUAGCGUCGACCCGGAAGAUCGUGCCUUGGUCGAAGGAGACCAGUACGCCCUCCACCGCGAACUGAAGGGUCGACACAUGCAAAUGAUUGCCAUUGGUGGUGCAAUUGGUGCAGGUCUGUUCAUUGGUUCUGGAGGUGCUUUUCAGACUGGUGGACCUGGCUCUGUGCUUAUCGGUUUCAUGAUCAUCGGUCUCAUGGUGUAUCUCAUGAUGCAGGCCUUGGCGGAGAUGUCCGUCAUGUAUCCGAUCAACGGGGCUUUCACCAUGUACAUCUGUCGCUUCGUUGAUCCCUCUUUUGGGUUCGCGUGCGCCUGGGAGUACGCGAUCAGUUGGUUGACUGUCCUUCCCUUUGAGAUUUCGGCUGCGUGCAAUAUCAUCCACUACUGGCAUGGAUCGGACGGCAUCAACAACGCUGCUUGGAUCGUGCCGCUGCUCGUCGCUUUGAUGGCUAUUCAGGUCUUUGGUGUGAGGGGAUAUGGCGAAGUCGAAUUUGCUCUCAGCAUUCUCAAGAUCAUUGCCUGUAUAGGAUUUAUGAUCCUUGGGAUAAUCAUCGACUGCGGCGGAGUUCCAACAGACGACAGAGGCUACAUUGGUGCAAGAUAUUGGCAUUCACCUUACCAUGCAUUCCUCAAUGGCUUUCACGGCUUCUGCAGUGUCUUCGUCACCGCGGCGUUUGCCUACACAGGAACUGAGUUGACCGGACUGGCUGCUGCAGAAACGACCAACCCGAAGAAGGAGAUUCCUCGGGCCUCGAAACAGGUCGUGUGGCGUAUUGCCAUCUUCUACAUUGUCAACUUGUUCCUUGUCGGUUUGAUCGUACCAGAGAACAGCCCUUUGUAUAGUGGCGAAGGUUCCGAAUCGCGUCACUCACCUUUCGUCAUCGCAAUCCAGCUUGCCGGCAUCAAGGUCCUCCCAUCGAUUUUCAACGCUGUCAUCCUGAUUUCUGUCAUGAGCGUUGCCAACUCCUGCACCUUCGGCUCGACUCGAACAAUUCAGGCUCUUGCUGCCAAUGGCAUGGGUCCCAAGAUACUAGCCUACGUCGACAAGAAGGGCCGCCCUAUGUCUGUGGUGAUUCUCCAGCUUCUCUUCGGCUGUUUGGCAUUUAUCAACCUGGCGGACAAUGGCGGCACAAUCUUCAACUGGCUCCUCUCACUAUCGGGCCUUUCAAUCCUCUUCAUCUAUGGCGGUAUUGCGCUGGCUCAUAUUCGCUUCCGCGCGGCCUGGAAACACAACGGUCAUUCUUUGGAGGAGCUUCCCUUCAGGGCCGCAUUCGGCGUCUGGGGAUCGUGGUUGUGCCUGCUCAUCAACGUUGUCAGCCUUAUGGCUCAGUUCUACGUCGCACUAUAUCCAGUCGGAGGCCCUUACCUGGAUGCCAAUACGUUUUUCCAACUCUACCUUGCUGGCCCUCUACUAAUCUUCCUGUACUUGUGCUGGAAGGUCUACAGCUGGUUUGUCCGGCCAGCGGACCGCCCAUUAUUCAUCAGGACUAAGGAUAUUGAUAUCUACACCGGUAUGAGAGAAGGCCAGCGGGCCUCGAUCAGCGGCCCAGGUGUCUCAGAAGAGCAGAGGCGCGCCAGCAUAAUGGAGAUGCAGGAGGAGAACAAGAAGAGAGGCCCCAAGGACUAUGUCAUGGCUGUUCUUAGAAACAUUAUCUAA